GCGCACGUGAAGGUCACAUUGCACAAAUCCAGCCAAUGCGCUUGCGCUUCGUGUUGUUGCUUGGAAUGGAAACGAAAGCGAACCGUUAUCUGUGCUUCCCCGAUGACUGUCUAUAUUAAAGCCCUGACCCGUCAUGCACUGUGUAUCCUGACACCUUUCUGUCAGAACCAGCAUUAAUUUCUUCAGCAAUUUGAGCAACAGUCUGUUGGAUCGGAUCACACGGGCCAGCCUUCACUCCCCACGUGCAUCAAUGAGCCUUGGCCACCCAUGACCCUGUCUCUGGUUCACCACUGUUCCUUCCUUGGACCACUUUUGAUAGAUACUGACCACUGCAGACCGGGAACACCCCACGAGAGCUGCAGUUUUGGAGAUGCUCUGAUCCAGUCGUCUAGCCAUCACAAUUUGGCCCUUGUCAAACUCGCUCAAAUCCUUACACUUGUCCAUUUUUCCUGCUUCUAACACAUCAACUUUGAGGACAAAAUGUUCACUUGCUGCCUAAUAUAUCCCACCCACUAACAGGUGCCAUGAUGAGGUGAUAGGAGAGUCAGUGUUAUUCACUUCACCUCUCAGUGCUCCAGUGUUAUGAAUGUUUUAAUUGUUCCGUGGGGAAAAAAACUGUUCUCGUGCCUGGGCUGUUCAGAAGGCAACAGUUUGCAGGGAGAGUGGGCUCGGUGUAAGGGGUCCAAAGUGAUUUUCUUAGCCUUUUUUAUCACUCUGGAGGUUUAAAGAUCUUAGAGGUUGGGUGGGAGGGUACCAAUAAUCCUCUGAGCAGUCCUGGGUGUCUGUUGUAGUGUCUUGAUGUCUGAUUUGGUAGCUGACCAAAACCAGAUUUUAUGGAUGAACACAGGACAGAUGCAAUGAUGGCAGAGUAGAACUGUUUCAGCAGCAGGUUAUAGCCGUCAUGUAUGAUGAAGUUAUAACCAUCCUAAGAGUGGAAGUGGAAGAAAAAAAACCCAAGACUUGUGUGUUUUUAAUGCUGUACAAUUAUCUUCACUUUUACAGAGUUUUACUUUGAUGGUAUUUUUCAUCUCUAGAUUUAUUUGUACUAUCAUUAGGGUAUGAUUUUGGUAACAUCUGGAAGUCACUCUGGAUAUGGACAAUGGAUAAGGAAUAUUAAUGUAAUAAGGAAUGGAUAAGGACAAAGAAUAAGGAUUAUUCUCACAUUGAGAUGGUCAGUGGAAUUUAUUUUACAGUUAAACAGCCGUCUGGCUAAAAAAAAAAAAAAAACCACCUGAUCUGGACACGAAGAAACAGAGGAGACUGUAAAAAAAAAAAAAAAAAAAGCAGGUAGACAAGUAAUAAAUAGAGUUGCAGGCAAUCAAAUCAUUGUUUUGGAAACCUUAACUGUGAGGUGAUCAUACACAGUGAUAUCUGGGGAUAUCUGGAAUAACUGGAUGAUUUGAAGAAGUGCAUGGCACAAGCAACAGCAUGGCCACAGUGCAGUCGACGCUAAUGUUCGCUGUGUGCAUCCUGAUGAUAACAGAACUGAUACUAGCCAAGAAGGACUACUAUGAUAUUUUGGGUGUACCUAAAGACGCCAGUGAGCGUCAGAUAAAGAAGGCUUUUCACAAACUCGCCAUGAAAUAUCAUCCAGACAAGAAUAAGAGCCCUGAUGCAGAGGCAAAGUUCCGGGAAAUAGCGGAAGCAUAUGAAACUCUAUCGGAUGAGAAAAGGAGGCGCGAGUACGAUCGGCUGAGGCAGAGUGCUUUCUCCAGCGAAGACGUGAAAGGAGGACACCAGUACUUCCAGCAGACCUUUGACUUUAACUUUGAGGACAUGUUCAGAGACUUCGAUAUCUACAGCCAGAACAGGCACGCACGCCCUAAACGGAAUUUCGAGGAGCAUUUCCGGGCUCACCAGCACGGCCACAACCGCCACAAGAGGCACUUCCAAGGAGCUUUCGGCGCCGGCUUCUUCGAGGAUCUCUCUGACGACAUGGAGAGAAUGUUUACGUUCGACAGACAUGCCAAGCGGACUGAGGGCAGGUUUCACGGCAUGGCAUCGAAGCAGCACUGCAGGACUGUGACUCAGAGGAGGGGGAAUAUGGUCACCACUUAUACGGACUGUACCUCAUCCUGAGAGCGCCGGGACUCCUCAGUAUAGUUUCCUCCUCACCUAUAGUUAAGCUAAUUUUGUCUGGAUUAGACAUUACUAAUUUAUAAACUUGCUGCUGAGAUGAAUGAAGCUCAAUUUUGCGUAUAAGUUUUGACAAGGAGCACUAUUAGGGAUUUUCAUUUUAUUAACUGACGUCGAUUACCCACUUCUUGCAGAAUUACAAAGCCCUCCUGUCCUAUGACUCCAUGUUAAAUUCCGAUUGGAUUUGGUUUGAUGAUUAUUCACACACAUGACGUGUAAGCCUGCCAUUCAGAUCCAAGGAUCACAGUUGGACUGUAAUCAGACAAGGUCUUUUUUCAAAGCAUGUUGUUAUUUAUACAGGGCUGUUGCAAAAUGCUGACUGAAAGAAAUCUCCAUAUAUAAGUGACAGCAUUCCAGAUGAACUAGUUUUGUCGAUCUGAACACACUAACACAUUGUACACAAUCGAUUGCUCUGGAGGUUUAACACUUGUUUAGUAUGAUCCUCUUGCAGCGUGUAUGCAUUGUGAGUUAAUGUAUAAGUACUUUUUGACAUUAAUCUUAUUCCAUCAGGGGUGAACAAAGCAUACAUUUAUUAUCUAGCCCACUAUGAAGCUCCAGUGUGUGUGCUCUUCCCAGUUUCGGGUUUUCUGGACUAUUCAGAAAUCGAGUAGAUUAAGAUCUGUGAUUGUAGCUAACGUAAUAUAGCAAUGUGUGGUAAGGUAGUUCAUUAAUACAGACUGAAAGAGGAUGUGAUCAUGUAGCACACAUGUUCUGUGACAUCAAGGCCAAAAUUCUGGCUUUAGCGCCUUUUAUUUUCUAUCAGUAUCUUUAGUUCGCGAAUGCAUGUAGUGCUAGCUGGAGAGUCCUUUGACAUCUUUGUGCUGGAUUUUAUUCUUUACCUGCAUUUUCCAGGAUCUGAAGACAGUCUGUUAUUAGUGCAGCGACAAUACAAAGCAGUCAGGUUUAUGUUUCUUUUUAUGGUUGUUUACAAGGCAAUUAUAAUGACAUGAAAUAAGCUUAUCCUGGAAACCCUCUUCCAUGCGUAAGCAGUAUGAUUUGCAGUUUUUUGCGCCACGUGUGAAGAUUUUCACGGUGUGGUUUUGCUUAUGAUUAGGAAUGAUCUUCUCCUACAGUUAAAUAGAAACGUGGGUUUCUGUUUAGGGGCUGUUAGGCGAGUGGUUAUAGAUUAAAGGUCCUACGAAAGUGCUUAAACAGAUUCACAAAUAAAUAUUCAUAUAGAGUAAGCGGUACUCUAUUCAGUUUAUGUGUUUCUAAGUAGAAAAUGGCAAACAUGACAUGAAGAGUAAACCUAUGGGGGCUCAUUGUUGUUUGGAAACUCUGUCAAGGAUAAAUGACAUUAUCACACGAUAGCAUGAAUAUGAACAACCUCCCCCAAAAGAUAUAAAUAUAGAUUCAGCUGAAAUUUCCCUGAAACACCUCAGUACUUCAUUCUCCGGGCCCUUUGUCUGAUUCGGUCAUGUUCUUGUGUCACCUGUUACGUUGAAUUAUUCUGUUUUUUUGUGCAAUAUUUUAAAGCCAGUUGUGCCGUUAAUAUCGUCGUUACUUUGCUGGACUCAUCACUGUUUUUGAGUUGACUCAUCAACCACUUACAUAAAUCCUAUGGAUAGAGGAGAAAUAUCUAAAUAUAUAUAUAAAUAUAUAUAUGAAUGUCUAUAUUCUAAUGCAAACGUUACAUAAUAUUCUUGGGUGGAAUAAAAUGUGAA